CCGUCCCGGAAAUAUCCCCAAACCCUCGCCCCCCUCCCCCUCCUCCUCCCCCCGCCGCCGCCGCCGCCGGCGAGGGGAGCCAGAUCUGCGGCCAUGGACGACGACGGCGCCGCAUCCCCGUCGUCCUCGCUCUCCCCGUCGCGCUCCCCGUCCCCGCUGCCGGUCGCCGACCCAGUCACCGUCGCCGCGGCUCCCCCCGGCCACCUCGCCCUCGCCAUCCCCAUCCCGAAGCCUGGCUCCUCCUCCGGCGGGGGAGGAGGGGGAGGAGGGAGGGAGGACGCCUGGAGCGACGGCGCCACCUCCACGCUGAUCGACGCCUGGGGGGAGCGGUUCGUCGCGCUCGGCCGGGGGAGCCUCCGCCACCCGCAGUGGCAGGAGGUCGCCGAGGUGGUGUCCUCCCGCGACGGCUACUCCAAGCAGCCCAAGUCCGACGUCCAGUGCAAGAACCGCAUCGACACGCUCAAGAAGAAGUACAAGGUCGAGAAGGCCAAGCCGGACUCCUCCUGGCCGUACUUCCACCGCCUCGACACCCUCCUCGCCCCGACGCACAAGCCCGGGGGAGGCGCCUCCGGCGGCGGCGGAGGCAAUUCCGGCUCCAACUCCGCCGCCCGGAGCACCGCCCCCAUGGCGCCGCGCGUCAACUUCCCGCAGCGCACCCGCACGCAGUUCCUGCCCUCCUCGGGGGUGAAGCGGAGGUUGCCGUCGCCGCCCCAGGUAUCCGCGUCGUCGGAGUCAUCCGACGGGUUCCCGCCAGAGCCGCCUUUGGCCGCCGCGAACGGCAAGAGGCGGCGCGUGGAGGAGGAGGUGAACGGCGCGGACGGCAGCAACCGCACGCAGGGCCUGCGCGAGCUGGCGGAGGCGAUCCGCCGGUUCGGCGAGGUGUACGAGCGCGUGGAGUCGGCGAAGCGGGAGCAGGAGCUCCGGAUGGAGCGAGACCGCCUUGAGGCUGCCCGCGAGCUGGAAGACCAGCGUGUCCAGUUCUUUCUCAAGAUGCAGAUGGAGCUCUCCAAGGCCAACACCGCUAGCUCCUCUGCCACCGCCGCCGCCGUUGCUGCCGCAGCCACAGCUGUUGCUGCUGAUGUCAAUGGCACCAGGAGAACUCCAGUGGCCACUGACGUCGGUGCUAGCAGCAAUCACCAUGUUCGGUACCGCUUCAAGGACAGCGGCAGGCACCGCCAACCCGCACAGCAGCCACAAUAUAGCGAGAACAAUGUCGCCGGAGCUGCCAGAGGCACCGGGAACGGUAGCGACACCGACAACAAAGAUGAUGAGGACGAGGCCGAAGACGAAGAGGAUGAGAGCCAGUAAUGGCACCCGGUUUACAUCAACUCAAGAAUUCGAUUUGUAUGAUUGUAUCAGUUAAUUGGCAUUGUCCUGGUUAGAAUUACUCCCAGUUAGGCUGUCCUGGGAGCAACGAAUGACAUCUGAGUACUAGUUAGCAUCGUAUUAGCAACAAGGAAUAGCAUAGUUAUGUUAAGUGCCCCUCCUGUGGGUGUUGUGUAACUUGUAGCUGCUUGUUUUAUGCUUGUGAUGUGGUCCUGUGUUCUGAGCUUCUGAUGCAACCACCAUGGAGAAUACAGCAUCGGUUGUAACCUGGUUAUGUGACAAAUGUUAGCAUUAUCUGUGUUUGUUAUUGGAAGUCAGGAUCAUUGUCCUGAACCCUGUAACUGCUGAGACAUGCUCCAUCAGUGCUUGAAUUUUCGCUUGCUGGGUGAUUGAGUAGCUUCUGCUAUGACUCAUGAA